AUGGAAAUGAGAUCAGUAAGAAUUAAUAUGAGAUCAGUAAGAAUUGAUAUAAGCUGUAUGAUCAGUUUUAUCUGGGCUUAUCCUGAAGGUCCACCUCUGAAGGCUUGUACACAUAUGUUUCCUACAGACCAUGGGGCUAGUGCUCAAACAGCCGAUCCUUAUUUUAAAAUAACAACUUCAACUGAGACAUAUUCUGAAGGCGGCACCAUCGAAGUUACAUUAGAGGCAACCUCAAAUUAUUAUGAAGGUGUAUUUAUUCAAGCUAGACGGACAAACUGUGAUAAUACUGAACCAGUUGGUACCUUUACAUUAUCUCAAGGCGAAACCUUUCUGAAAACCAUGAAUUGUAACAACAAGGACAAUAGUGCUGUUGCGCACCAAACCAAGAGGCAUGAAACUUCUAAAACUAUCACAUGGAAAGCUCCAGCAGAAACCGUUGGCCAGAUCUAUUUUCAGGGAACAUUUGUACGAAACGAGAAGACAUUUUGGGUUGGGGUAUUUUCACCUAUUAUUAAACCUGUUGCUGAUUCAGCAAAAGCUAAUGAAGAAUUUUGUCCUGUAGAGAGUUCAGUUGGGAACCUUUCAAUCUCACUCAUAUCAUUAUGUCUUUCUAUGAUUGUAUUCAAACUCUUGUAGAUUUGUAAUGUAUUACAUUUGUGUUAGGCUUCGUUACUGUUUUGCACGCACAAAUUCUAAUAACAACAGAAAACGUUUCUAAUUUCUUUUCAAAUAUUUUAGCUGUGUACUAACUCUUGCUGCAUGACUAUAAGAUACCCCUGUGCGAUCUUACCUUGGGCUUCACAAUGCCAGCGAAUACAGCCAAUCAGAGCCUCGACAGGAAUGCUUAAAACAUUGGUUUUUGUGUUCACAGACCUUCUGUCGAGGUACCUGUAUUCGCAAGCAUACAAUCCAAUCACUCGUUUAAUUUACAAAAGUUCGUAAUAGCUUGUGAAGAUGAGAAAGCUCGAAUGCAGGACAUUCUAUGGUAGUGCAGUACAGUUAUAUGUAUUAUUUUUAGUCCAAAAUGCACAAGUUCUAUCAUUCAUUAUCAGAAAUUCACAAGUUAAUAAUCAACACCUUUAUAAUCGACUGUUCAACUUAUGUACUUGAUAUUUUUGUAUGAAAAAAUAUAAAUCUAAAAAUAUACGU